GCACGCGGCCCGACAGAGGCGGGGCCCAAACCCCGCAGCCACUCGAACGCCUUCGGCGUCUCUCGGCACGACGCCCACCUCCACCUCCGCGGCCCCUUGGACCCGAUCCGGAAACAGCCGAGCGGAUCCGGAAACAACCGAGCGGACCCGGAAGCGGGAGUGCCAUCACCAGAGAGUGCGGGAAUCCGCCGUUUGGGCUGAGACGAUGGCAGCAGCUGCGCCGGCAGCCCUAGCGCUGCAUCCCCAGCCCCAAGAUGGGCAAAAGGACGCGUCCGAGUCAAGUGAGCUCGGACGGCUUCGUGCCGAACUGGCCAGUGCACUGGCAGAAAUGGAAACCAUGAAGGCUGUAGCGGAGGUGAGCGAGAGCACCAAGGCGGAGGCGGUGGCCGCAGUGCAGAGACAGUGCCAAGAGGAGGUGGCUUCCCUGCAGGCCAUCCUGAAAGACUCCAUCAGCAGCUACGAGACCCAGAUAGCAGCCCUGAAACAGGAGCGGCAGCAGCAGCAGCAGGACUCUGAGGAGAAGGAUCGAGAGCUGGGUCACCUCAAAAAGCUGCUGGCCCGGGCCCACCCCCUGGACUCCUUGGAGAAGCAAAUGGAAAAGGCUCAUGAAGACUCGGAGAAGCUCCGGGAAAUUGUGUUACCCAUGGAGCAGGAGAUCGCGGAGCUGAAACUGAAGCUGCUGAGGGCGGAAGAGCUGAUCCAGGAGAUCCAAAGACGACCAAAGCAGCCUGCCUCCCUGCACGGCUCCACGGAGCUGCUCCCACUGUCAAGGAACCCCUCGCCUCCACUGGAACCCUCGGAGGAACCAGGUGGGGACGCAGGCUCAGCGGCAGAGGCCUUUGCCCACAACUGUGACGACAGUGCCUCCAUCUCUUCCUUCUCCCUCGGUGGGGCGGCCAGUAGUGCCUCCCUACGAGGCACCCAGGGCCUAAGCCCUGAGCAGGAAGAGACAGCUUCUCUGGUGUCCACUGGCACUCUGGUCCCUGAGGGCAUCUACCUACCCCCUCCUGGGUACCAACUUGUUCCAGAUAGCCAGUGGGAGCAGCUGCAGGUAGAGGGGCGGCAGCUGCAGAAGGACCUGGAAAGUGUCAGCCGUGAACGGGAUGAGCUGCAAGAGGGACUGAGGCGGAGCAAUGAGGACUGUGCCAAGCAAAUGCAGGUGCUCCUGGCCCAGGUCCAGAACUCAGAGCAACUGCUUCGGACUCUGCAAGAGACCGUGAGCCAGGCCCAAGAACGUGUGCAGCUGCAGAUGGCAGAGCUGGCCACUUCUCACAGAUGCCUGCACCUUGAGGUUAAGAGACUGAAUGAAGAAAACCAAGGGCUCCGGGCUGAGCAGCCGCCCUCCUCCGCCCUCCAGGGCCCGGAGCCGUGGGAGAACGAGGGUGAGGCUCUGCCCAACUCCAUCCAGGAGCUCCAUCUGCUGGUGCGGCACACCCAGCAACAGGCGCGGGCCAGGCAACAGGCGCAGGAGCAUGAGGCUGAGCGCCUGCGCAUUGAAAUCGUGAAGCUGCGCGAGGCACUAGAGGAGGAAACAGCGGCCAGGGCCAGCCUGGAGGGACAGCUGAGGGCGCAACGAGAAGAGACAGAUGUGCUCGAGGCCUCCCUGUGUAGCCUGAGGAUAGAGACAGAGCGAGUCCAGCAAGAGCAAUGCAAGGCCCAGCUCACAGACCUCCUCUCGGAACAGAGGGCCAAGGCACUGCGGCUGCAGGCCGAGCUGGAGACCAGUGAACAGGUGCAGAGGGACUUCGUUCGGCUCUCCCAGGCCCUACAGGUACGCCUAGAGCGGAUUCGCCAAGCAGAGACUCUGGAGCAAGUGCACAGCAUCCUGGAUGAGGCACCCCUCAGGGAUAUCAAGGACAUCAAGGACUCCUGAGGGGCCAGGCGAGAGGCUUCCCUGCUGGGGAAGCCACCCCUUUCUCUACCAGAACUGUGAGACACGGACUGCAGGUCUCAGAAUGGAGCCCACCCACUCCAAGCCUGGAUGGUAGUGUCACCAGGGCCCCUGCUCCCACCCAGGGUGGCUGGGCCUGUUCUCAGGGAUGAUGCCUGGAGGAGGGUCCCAGCCUCCUUCCAGAACCAAAGUACAGGCUGAGCCCUGUGGCUCCCAGGCUGCCAUGCUGCCUCAUGGACCCUGCCCUCCUGCCCUGCCACCUCUAGCCAGCAGCCAGUCCCCCUCCGAGACACGUCCAGCUUGUGGCGAGAAGCUGUUGGCAUCAGUGGUUUCCUCCUAGGCCCCGGGACAUGCAGCUGCUUUCUGGACUGUAUGACACUAAGGUAUUUGUCCACAGGCACCGGAAAUAGGCCUCAAGAUAUAUGGAGGCAAGGCCAGACUUUUCUGUCAUUUAUUUUCAAUAAAUAAGCAGCUCAGCUCA